AUUUAUUCCAUUAAUACACUUUGUGCGGUAACGGCUAGAGUGAUCGUAUCGGCGAUAAGCUAAGUGAACAUAUGGGAGCCAAACGGAAAUUUAAUAAAAGCUAAAACCAAUUAAAAUGUGUUAUUUAGCAUGUUGCGAUUGAAAAGAGUAAAAUUAAAUUUGAUUCAUUCAUUUCCAACGAUCUACUACAAUUCACCGCUGAAUGGAAAAAGCUGAGAAGGCUUGAACAACAGCUAACGGCAGCGCCAUUUCGAAUUUCACAGUUGUAUUUGGAGGAAGUUCUUGCAAUUUUCUUUACUAAUUUUUUAUUUAAAUUCCGUAAUUUAUUUUUAAAUACUGUUAUUAUUGUGGCUUACUAAGUUUUUUUGUUAAAAAAAAAAGUUAAUUAUAUGUAAAAACUGUUGAGACUCUGACUGAAGUAGUGCCUAAGCUUAAAGCCAAUUAGAGCAAUAAUUCUAUAAAUCAAUAAUUGAUGGAGGGAAAAAAUAAAAUUAGUGCAAUGGGAGAUGUCGAUAAUGUGCGUGUGGCGGUGCGUAUACGGCCACUUGUGCCUUCAGAACGUGACCUCGGUUGCCAAGAAGCUGUGGAGCGCGUAGGCGAUUCUCCACAAGUGAUUGUGAAUCGGUCGGACACCUUUACAUUUAAUUAUGUGUUCGAUGCGCGCGAUACACAGGAUUAUAUAUACGAUGUUACUGUCACUGACCUGCUGGAAAAAUUCUUCUCUGGUUUUAAUGCUACAAUACUUGCCUAUGGCCAGACUGGUUCUGGCAAAACACAUACAAUGGGGACUGCAUAUAAUGGAGCGUUAGAUGAAAAUGCUGGCAUUAUACCUCGCAUCAUGCGUGAUAUAUUCGAACGCAUACAGAAAUUGGUCGGCGAAUUUGAAUUUGUAGUCAAAUGCUCGUUUAUGGAGUUGUAUCAGGAGCAGUUAUACGAUUUGUUAUCAGAUCAGCCUCGUGAGCAGGCUAUAGUUGAAAUGCGAGAAAAUCGUAAUGGUGUUGUUAUGCCAGGCCUAACAGAAAUGCUGGUGUCUUCUGCUGGAGAAACCGCAGAAUGCUUACUACGUGGUUCAACAGGACGUGCAGUUGCGGCCACGGCAAUGAAUGAACAGUCAUCGCGCUCGCAUGCGAUAUUCACUAUUACCGUAGAGGCUACAAAGAAAGAUGAGUUGAGUACAGUAACCACUUCCAAAUUCCACUUAGUGGAUUUGGCUGGGUCAGAACGUUCUAAGAAAACGCAAGCCACAGGUGACCGCUUCAAAGAAGGUGUAAAAAUAAAUCAGGGUCUUCUAGCGUUGGGAAACGUUAUUUCUGCGCUUGGUUCUGGUCAGGGUUCCGGUUUUGUACGCUACCGCGAUUCCAAACUGACUCGUUUGUUGCAAGACUCCCUCGGCGGCAAUUCGAUCACACUUAUGAUAGCCUGCGUAAGUCCGGCCGAUUACAAUGUCGCUGAGACUUUAGGUACCCUACGCUAUGCAGAUCGCGCAAGGAAGAUUAAAAAUAAACCAGUCGUCAAUCAAGAUCCACAUGCUGCUGAGGUCAAUCACCUUAAAAGCAUCAUCCAAAAGCUACGCGUCGAACUUUUGGCUGCAGGCGGUGGUACCGCUCAAAUGAGUAGUUCCCUCAAUAGUGCACUACAGGGUAUUCCGCCUCCAUCUGGGCCCGCCACAACAAUAAUUAAUACUAAUGGUGAAAUGGCUAAAAAAUAUCAGCUACUUCAAGAGAAAUAUCACACUUUACAACAACAAUUCCAAGCAACUUUACAUGACGUGGCGGAACAUGAAAUGCGUGCUCACAUAACCGAAGAAGCGCAUGAGAAACUAAAGUCAAAAAUGGUCGAGCUUAAAUUAAUAGCGAACGAAUUGGGAAAGAACUAUAAAGUAAAUGCAUCGCUAGAAGAGCAGGAAGCCACCGGCGAGCGCAUAAAACAAAUGAAUCAAUUAGUGGAUGGACUUGAUGUAGAAAUGGAACGUACUCAAACGGAAAUAGAAAAUCACAAACGUGCCACUCUCAAUGGAAGCGAUGGCGGUGAUGAUGAUGACGAUGCCAGGAGCGCUUUGAUGGAUGUACAUUCGCAAAUGCAGGAGCAAACAGAUGCGUACACUACUAUACAAAUGGAUUAUAAAGAACAACUGCGGCGCAUUAAUCGUGAAUUGAACUUGAAAGAAGAGCUGCAUCAUCGUGUUGCUGGAAAUUUGGUUAAAUUUUGUACGCUGGAGGAUAAUACUGAGGAAAAGUUUAAGGAAUGUGAGAAAAAAAUUCAAGAACUUGAAGAUGAAAGAAACCAAUUACUUGAUAAAUUGCGUCAUGUCAAAGAAAAUGCAUCUGCUAAAUUGGCAGAGGAACGUCGCAAACGCCUACAAACACUAGAACAUGAAAUUGGUGAAAUGAAGCGAAAGAAUACACAACAAGCCAAACUAUUGAAAGUUCGAGAAAAAGAAACUCAAAAAAUUCAAAAUCUAAAUACGGAAAUUCAAGCAAUGAAAGAAUCGAAGGUUAAACUCAUACGCGCCAUGCGCCAAGAAUCCGAAAACUUCCGACAAUGGAAAAUGUCCCGUGAGAAAGAGCUUAUUCAGCUGCGAAACAAAGACCGGAAACUUAAAAAUGAAAUGGCUCGUAAGGAAGCGUUGCACACUAAACAACGCAAUGUCUUGAAACGGAAGUGUGAAGAAGCAUUGGCCAUCAACAAACGUCUAAAAGAUGCACUAGAUAGGCAGCGAGUCGCACAGUCGCAACGCCAGAAGACACAGUCGGCCAAAGACAUAAAUUCGACUACCAAUAAAGUCGAUCAGGUCGUAUCUUGGGUUGAACGUGAAUUGGAGGUAAUAGUAACGUUAAUCGAUGCAGAACAUUCGCUGGAACAGCUAAUGGAAGAUCGUGUGAUUAUUACCACCCGAAUUGCGGAACUACAAAAGCAGCAACCGGAAACGGGAAGUGGAGCAGCUCAAGAAUUGGAUACACUCCAAGAAGAUCUUGAAAUGCGCAAUGCUCAGAUUACCGAUUUGCAGCAAAAAGUUUGCUCCAUAGAUUUGGAAUCACGCAUGCGUGCACUGUACGACGGUAUACAAAGUGUGCCAGAAGCACGAGCUGUACUACGCAAAGUACUAAAAUCUAUAUCCGAUAUGCGCCGUGAACACGCUGUACGUAUCCAAGAACAGAAGAUUGCUUUAGACGAGCAGAUUGCGUUGCGUGAGGCGGCUGAGCAGACGAGCUCUGUGGCAGCGAAACGUAUGCGUCUAAUGGAAUUAGAACACGAGGAGGCCAUAGCCGAGCGAGAGAAUACCUAUGAAGAGAAGAUAGCGGUGCUUUUAAGAGAGCUGCAUAAUGCACCACAACUGGCGGUGGGUAGCGGAGAAGCACUUACACCCGAACAAGAGGAACGUUUGAAAAUACAGGAGGAACAAUUGAACAAAAUGGACACAAUUCGUGAGGAAUUGGAAUAUUACAAGAAUUUGGUAAACGAAUUACAGCAAGCGGUGCAAGCGAAGGGUACACGCAAAAAAGAGGUUUUCAAGAAGCAGGUAAAGAAACAAGAAACCAUUGAUCUUGAUGAUGACGAUGAUGAUGAUGCCAUAUCGCUUUCGAGUGAGGCCGACUUUGAUGAUUCAGAUGAUCCAGACUGGAAGAAAACGCCAGGAUACCGGCGUAAAACCCGCUCAAAUCGAUUAACAAAUAGCAGGAAUGCAAGCACCGACAACGAUACAUUCACUACUGCUACAAGCAAUCCCGAUACCAAGCAUAAAUUAGUUAAACGAAAGUUUACGGGUUGCAAGUGCCGUAAGGAUUGUAUUAAUAAACGUUGUGGUUGCUAUUCAUUUGGUGAAAAAUGUUCUGAAAGAUGUCAUUGUGGUGAUGCUUGUAAAAAUGGUAAAAACGCGACAGACAAUGAUGAUGAAGAGAAUGGAGAGAAUAUAGAGAAUAAACAGACGGUUGCUAGUGAUGGUAAUGACAAUAUUUCGCAGUUGGUCACUGAACAACAGUCAUCAGAGGGAACACCACCGAAGGUGAAUGUGUCUCUGUCUGUGUCUGGCAGCAAUGACGUAAGCAAAGAUGCCGAAUCAACGUUUGUGAAGCCCAACCCCACGUAUCUUACACCGAAAAUGGUCAGAUUAUCGACAAUAUCCUACGAUUUACCUUCCACAAAGAAGAAAUUCUUCCAGUGAAACAUGCGUUUCAAAAAAAAAAGAA